AUGAAGAAGCUUCGAAUUGCUAUCACUGGCCCUCCUGGGAUUGGCAAAACAACUGUGAUCAAAACCUUGACUGAGUCCCUGAGUUCAUCCUUCUCCGGUUUUUACACGGAAGAAGUUCGUGAUGGACAUGGUCAUAGGAUAGGAUUUGAUAUUGUGAAAUUCAAGAGUUCUGAGCGUCAUCCUUUAUCGAGGAUAAAUGGAUCCAGUCGAUUCCACGUUGGACAGUACGCGGUAUUCGUAGAAGACUUCGAAAAGUUUGUGUUGAAGGAUUUGUCCGACACUGAGCUUGUCAUCAUCGAUGAACUUGGAAAGAUGGAGUGCUUGAGUUCCGAGUUCGUACGUGUUUUCGAGGAUCUGCUUGCUACGGAUGUUUCCAUUCUGUGCACAAUACCAAUUCCUGGAAGGGGCCGACCGAUUGCUGUUGUCGAGAAGGUGCGAAGGAGCUUCAAGAUAUUCACUGUUUCGAGGGAGACUCGUAAUAAUCUGGCAAGCGAAAUAAAACGAUGUAUGAGGCCCAUUCGAUCUUGCCCGCUCGUCAUGGCUAGCGGGUCUGAGAGAGUCGGUCAGAAAGAUGAAUGUUUCAGUUUGAAAUGGAACGUGCAUCAUUCGGAAACCUUCGAGGCCUUCGAAAGCCUUCGAUUCAAAGACUCGCUCGUAGAUGUUUCUCUGUGUUGUGAAGGGCAUAUCCUCAAGGCGCACAAGCUCGUCCUUUCUGCUUGCAGUCCUUAUUUUGAACGCAUCCUCCAUGACGUUGGGGUGCGGUAUCCUGUUCUCAUGUUCCAAGAUGUGCCUAUGUACAUGAUGCAGCUUCUGCUCCAGUUUAUGUAUAGGGGAGAAGUUGAGAUCCACAGUUCGAUUCUUCCAAGUUUCAUAAAACUCGCCGAAAGCCUUGAUGUCAAAGGCUUGAGAAAAGACCGGGAGCCGGUGCCAGGCCCUCGAAAUUUUCCUUGUCAGUUACAACGUGGUGGCAAUACGAAUCCAGAAAAGACAACUUUCAAUCAUCCUGAUAAAGAAGACCGCCUCCAAAGCAAUUGUUUGGAGCCGUGUGUGCAAGUGGAUCAAGAGUCCGCCGGAAUUGAAAACGAGGUUGGAAGUUUUUCAUGCUCCAGUUGGGAAAGGUUUUUACUUGACACAAAUUGUCUUCAUGAGCAGCAAGCUACGGCAGAGAAGCUUAAGUCGAGCCAGAAUUGUGAAGAUGAUGUUAAGCCAACGUUCGAGGACGAGGAUGGAGAAGAUGAUGACGGAGAUCGUAGCGAUGGUGCUCCUGGAAUGUCUUCAGAUGCCGACGAUGGAAUCGAGGGCAAUGAAGGAGAAUUGUCCUCUUUGGACCUGUUGCGGCGCGAAUUGAAGUCCACGGUGAUUGUGCCAGUGGGGCCAGAUAGUGGGUCUGCUGGCCCAUCCUCUGGCCGAUCGCCGCACUGGUCUUCCCCGCCGGGCAACGUGUCGGGGCGACCUUCUCAUUCUCCGGCAGCGUCGGCGGCUGCCGCCGGAUCAGGUGGCCUUGGCGCCGAGCAUCCAUCUUCCAUCCCUUUGGAUAUCUCCACCGAAGGCAAUGAAGGAGAAUUGUCCUCUUUGGACCUGUUGCGGCGCGAAUUGAAGUCCACGGUGAUCGUGCCAGUGGGGCCUGAUAGUGGGUCUGCUGGCCCAUCGUCUGGCCGAUCGCCGCACUGGUCUUCCCCGCCGGGCAACGUGUCGGGGCGACCUUCUCAUUCUCCGGCAGCAUCGGCGGCUGCCGCCGGAUCAGGUGGCCUUGGCGCCGAGCAUCCAUCUUCCAUCCCUUUGGAUAUCUCCACCGAAGUACGUCUUGCCCCCUACGUGCCUUAUUACGAGAUGUAUCGCGUGAACGGGGCAAUUUGGCGCGGGUACACGCACACGAGACGCGUGAUGUACUUCUGCCACUUCUGCGACUACAAGAGUCCUCUGAAGGGUAACGCGGUGAAUCACGGGCGGCGACAUCUAGGCGAGAAGCCGUUUGCGUGUCCGAUUUGCGGCAAGGCCUUCACUGCGGUGCAGAACAUGAAGACGCACCAGAUGACGCACGCGAGGGAUUCCUUGCCGCCGGGCAUGAGGCUUCCUGGUGACGGCGCCGGGUUCUUUGGCCACUCGUUUCCGUUCACGUUUUCGCAGCUGACGCCGAACUCGUUCAUGGAAUCCACCUCUUCUGCCGAUCUUAACUUCUCCUUGAAAUAAGCAACUUGCGGGUCCUUGGUGAGAUCGAUCCGUGUGUAAUCAUGGCCUGUCGAGGGAUGAAACCGAGGGGGAGAAAAAACCCCCUCGGAUUUCACCUUUUCGUCUGUCGGUGCCAAAGUGGAGACAACCGGUUUUUUUGUUGCUUGUUUGUAAAAAAAAGAAAAGAAAAAGAAAGAGGGGGAAAUGUUCCGCCAAGGAACGUUUUUCAGGGGGCUUUUCGCCGCAUUUUGUUCGCUCGAAUUGUAUCGUAGUCCGUUGCUAUAUUCACUUGGCGGGCAUUCAGCUUCCGACAGCUUUAACCACGCGGAAAUUCGCGCGUGCGAGUGUCGAGCCUUUUUUGAUUUUCUAAGCGGUUUGGGCAGCAUUUCUACGAACAGAAAAAAAAGAGAUGAUUGUGUGAGCGAGUGACUGAGUGUGAAAAGAAGGGGGGGAAAUCCUGUAAAAAAAAAGGUUUACGCAAAGGACAGUCAGAAAAUGUAAAAACAGAAGAGAGCGAAAAAAAUUGGGAGGUAUACUCGAGUGGUUGUUUUUUUUUCGGUCUUAGCGAACAAGUGUGGAUCAAAUGCCGAGGAUAAAAAAAAAAUAUUCUUGCCAAAUUUUGAGGACGAAGAGACACAGCUGAGCCUAGCUGUUGCCGCGCGAUCAAUCUUCUAGUCAGUCAACUUGGCUUUGUUCACAUUUACCCCGGUGGGUCCUGCCGGAUUUUUUACUGUAUUAUUAUUUUUUAUUUUAUUUUCGUUGAUUAAGUUCUUUUCACUUCGAUGCCCGAUGUCUUGGACUUGUUGCUUUCCUUUGUCGUCGUAUAGGUGUCGCCCGUAAUUUUAUUGAUCAUUUGUGGAUUUAGGUGACGAUGAGUGCCUCAAAAGUCUGGCUAGUUUUCAGAAGGAAAUAUUAUUUGCAUCUUAACGUUAAACAAAAAAUUCUUGAAUCGUGUUCAGAAAAUGAAAAUUUUCAUUCAUAUAAAAAUUUGAAAUGUUGUGUCCAAAUCUGGCCCACGGGCCAGAUCUGGCCUGCGUGGACGUUUCAUCCGUUCCAUAUCAUUUUCAAGGUGGUAGCCUCCACAAUUGAAAAAUGAGUUUGAAAAUUCAAAAUGUUAGUAAGUCUAUGCUUGUGAAUCACUGCAUAGCUAAAUUUGAAAUUUUUUGUUUUAAAUGGGAAAAUUUGGAACCUCAAAAAUUAUUGUCCAUUGUGCCCCCUCAAGGACUCUUCCCCUCUGGAAUGUGACCCAUGGCCAAACAAAAAUACAUCAAUGAUUUUAGCAGCACUGAUUUUAAAUGUUGACGAGUGGUUGAAAUUGAGAAGCAGGCAAAAUUUUAAUGUGGCAAGAAAGAAUUUUGAUUGGAAGCUCGCCACUCGUGAAGAGUGUCUUCUGAAGAAAAGCUCUGUAAAAUUGUCGGGGUCAGCUUUAAAAUGAAGUUGCAGGCUACUUUUUGUCAACAUUUUAACCACGGAUUUUGAAAGAUUUUUUUUUUUGAAAAUUUUUGGAACUGGAAUUUUGUCUUAUGAAAGGCUUUCUCUGAAAAUGCUUGUGGCGGCUUGUUUUGGAAAAGUGUUCAAGGAAAAUUUUGUUGGAGCCCUGGAGCAGCAGGAAUGAGCAGCUUGAGCAAUAGUCGAUUUUAUUUGGAAAAUUCUGAGCGACAUAUGGAAAUAUUUGAGGAUUUUUAUUGAGUUUUCUGACACUGUGUGUUUUUAAAUUUCAUGCCGAAUUUUUUCUGCCGAUGAUGAGUUUCAAAAAUGUUUCGUGGAAGAAUAAUUCACUCAAAAAUCUUCAACAGUUCUAGUCUGUGUAUAUUACUGAUGAUCAAUAUACUGUAAGUCUUCUGAUUAGGUGUAAGUGCUAUCUUUCAUGAUUGAAAUUCAUUCUAUCAGUUUUAAAGGCGUAUAAAUCCUAUUUUUUCAAGAUGGUAAAAAAUGUUGUGUUUUAAUAUGACGUGGAACCUUUCAUAUAUCAUGAAAUUUUUUGAAGAACAAGGCUAAUUUGCUCUCGUUCGUUAAAAUUCCAGUUCGCUUCUGACUGACAUGUCCACGUUUUUCAGAAGUUUUCAGUCAUUCAGUGUAUUCAAUUUUUUAAAGCCAAGUCUAUUCGCUGAUCUAGAGCUUUAAAAAUAUUCAAGUGAGGAAUAAUGUACUCACAGUGCUUUGUCAUUUUUAUUGUCCUUUGUGACACUUGCAAUACAAUUGAGACAAUCUUGAGUGUUGAGGCAGACACCAUAUUUACUGGAGUACCACCUGUCCUUGAAUAAGAUGCGCGCCUUUUUCAGUUCAAAAAUUUUCAGUCUAUAACUUUGAUGGAAAUGUAUCCCCAAGACAGACACAUGCCUCAUUUUUGGACACUGAAAAUUGUAAUAAUUUGUGUAUUUAGACUUGAAUGUUAAUUUACCAAUGUUUCCAUACAAUAUUUUGAAUUUUCUAUUGAAAUUGGUGAAAAUUCUCUGUUGGAAUCAGUUAUGAUAUGCAUCAUUUUUUUUAUAUCCCAAUGUCUCCAUUUUUGUAUUGACCGUUGAAAUCGGUUAGAAUUUCCUGUUGGAAUCAAGUAUGGCGCGCACCAAAGCUUUAUAAAUUUUGAAAAAAGCUAUAGUUUCUCAAGUCGUGCACACUCUCUUCCUCGUAAUUUUUAAAAGAAAGAGUGCAAGCGGUACUUGAGUAGAAGUGAGUAGGUUUGUUAAUUGGGAUCAACUCGAGAGAGAUUAAUCUUGGUCAAGUGAGUCAUUCAGGCGACACCUGCCGGGCAUCACAUGAAUCAAGUCGGGCGUUGAAGUGACGAGAACCCAUCUGUUUCCCCACAAAAACAAAAAAAAAUGGUUCUGUUAUAGACUCCCCCUAUGCGCUUCCUGCAGCGAUGAAUCGACUCAAUUUUUGUUUCUUGUGUUUUUACGGCAGUAUUACGGCUCUUCCAGCAGGUAACAAGAAAUUCAGCUUGGAACACGCGCCAACAGCUGGUAUUGAGAGCGGGGACGGCGAAGGGUUUAUUUUUGUGCAAAUAAGUGAUGUGGGUCCUUUUUCUGUGUUCAUAGGCACUCGAUUUGUUUCUCCCGAAAAGAGGCGGAAAACAGUGGCUUUGAAGGUAUUCGCUUUUAAAAUGCUAGUGAACUACUUGACCCAGGGACGCGUGUGUAUUGUUUUUUUUGUUUUUUUUUUAAAAUAAGCUGCAAGACGAGGAGAAGGAAGUGUUUUGUGUUUGACUUGGCUUCGAUUUGGUCAUGUGCUCCUGGACUACGCGGACGCUGUGAUGUUUUUUUGCAUUUGCUGAUUAAUGAAAGCCCGUGGACUGCGAAUUGCUCAGGAAAUUUGAAGAGCUUUGCGGAAGAUGCUCUGUCUUUGCAUUUCUUGGGGAAAAAAUAGUUGAUGUGACCUAGUAUCUGAUUCCUGCAUUUGACAGUUAUGUGUAACAAAAACUGAAGGCGACGAAUAGUCUGAAGCCCCGGGCAUUUUUCCGACUCGAUAUGCGUAAGAAAGAAAAAAAUGUGAAGGCUGUGUUAGAGAAAAAAAAAUUACUCAUUUUUCCGUCUCUUCCUUUGUCAGAUCGCUAGGGAGGUUUGCAUUUGAAACGACAAUCACGACAGGUUUUUUUUGGCUAAAAUCAUUAAUUUCAAGCAAACCUGUUUUUUUCGUGUUUUGGCAGCAUUUUCAAUUUUGUAAUUUCGUAUGUUUGUCUGACAGCAAUGGCAAUAGUGACCAGAGUAAGUCUUGUGAUUGGGUGUAACUUCGAUGUUUUCUUGUGCGAAAUUCAAUAGAUCAGAGCUUUUUAGAAUGGAAAACUGAAAUUAGGUCGUGUUUUGAUACGAUUCAGAAACCUGUUGUUUGAGUUAGAUAAAGGGUUGGAUAAAUUCUUGACGUUGGCAUUUUGGGUGUGCGAUUUGAACGCUUUUUUUUUUAGCUCGCGCACAACAUAGAUAAACAUAAUUUUGGGCAACCCUCGAAAAAAGGACGACAUGCGAAAUUGUGGAACGUCUUGCGAAGUUUUCCAAGACUUGGUUUUUUAAGUGGCUUUUUCCGUGUUUUUGUGAGUGACCUAAACUUGGUUAGGUAUUUUUGGGUGAGAUUUUUGCGGGUAUAACUUUCUUGUCCUUGGGUACUUCUGCGCAAACGCCCUCAUUUCCUGAGCAGUUCGUCUUCCCGUGGAUUUUAUGUUAAUUAUGGCGCGAGCAUUGUCCUUGGAAUGGCCAAAUGGAAGCCAAAGUGUUCCACAAACGAAGAACCUCUGAAAGACUAACGAAGAGAGCGAGGAGAGAGGCAUUUUUAUGGGCUGGAAUUUCUAAGAGUGUGUCUGUGAGAGUGACGUAUGAGUGUUUUAUGACGAGAAAGUGGCCUGUCUUGUGUUUGUAAUAAUGGAUCACAGGAGUCCAGAAGAAGAAGAAGAUGGAGAUGAAGAAGCAGCAGCAGCAGCAGGAAGCCGUUUUGUAAUGCGACGAGUUUUUCUUCCGUCGGAUAGAUGGACGGUUGCUUGGUCAUUCUGUGCCAUCGUCGAGUCCUCUUUUUCUGUUUUUUUUUUGGUUCUUCCAGCGCUAUGCAAUGGGGAUGCGUAGUUGUCAAGCGGCACUUGACGCGUGCCGGGAAAAUAUACGUUCUGGGGAACGAGACUAAUUUAAUUUGUUCUGGUUCCUUGAAAUUUUAGUCUUGCUCCUGGCUUACUUAUGUGAGGU